AUGGUUAAAGCCCAUGUUUCCUGGGCUUUAGGUUAGCGCUAACCUUGAACUUCACGAGAUUCUUCCACAUAUAAUUUCAAGAGUCUCUGCCAUUUGAUAAGCAAAUACAACGACAAUGAACAGAGGUGAAAACUCAGAUUCCAUCCCUAUUGAUCUCAUUCUUGAGAUACUCUCGAGAUUGCCUUCAAAGUCAAUCGCGAGGUUUCGAUGCUUGUCGAAGCUAUGGGGGUCCAUGCUUCGCCAGCCAUACUUCACGGAGUUGUUCCUCACCAGGUCUUCAGCUCGUCCACGUCUCUUAAUUGGGAUCCGAUCACAAAACGGUGAGUUUAGCUUCUUCUCAACGCCUCAUCCUCAGAAUCCAUAUGGAAAGUCGUCACUUGUAGUAACCGCCGAUUUUCAUAUGAAGUUUUCUGAAGAUAUGCGGCCAGUCUUUUGUUGCGUUACUUCUGGUUUGAUUUAUUUUUCUAGUAUGCGGAUCUCAAAGGACGAGAAUGAGGAUGAAGUGCCUGUGUUAUGUAACCCUAUCACAGGACAGUCCUUAGGUGCAUAUUUCCAUAGCAUUUCUUACUUUUAGGUUCUUGGAGUGGAGCAUUGAGUUUUAGAAGCAAAUGGAGUUAAAAAAAGUGAAGAAUCAAAGAAUCAAGAGGAGGAUGAAAGCAAUAGACCAGUUGGUCGAUUGGGACCAAACCAGACCCGCGGACGAGAAGGAAUCGAGGAAGCAGUCGACCAAUUGGUCGAUUGCUAGGUCGAUUGACUGGUCGAUUGCCUGGUCGAUUGGGUACUUAAACCAGGUCAAAACCCGGUUUGUUCCGGGUUGACCCGGUUCGUUUUCUUUUUCUAUAAAUGUGUCUAAACCUAAUUUCUAGAUUUCUCAUGCUACCUAAGCAUAGUUUUCUUCAUUUCUCUUUGUAAUCAACUUUAAACCUUUGUGAUUCUUGCUUUUAUAUAAGUAUUUCUUUAGAUUCAACUUCUAUCUAUCUCUUAUACUCUUCUUCUAACAUGAAUUUUCAAGGAUUAGUAUCAACUCCUUGGAUUUUCAUGGCUUUAAGUGAGUAGUCUUUUUAGAGCUUUUGAGUCAAGUAGAUUAGGGUGGUUAGGUGAUGAUUUGUGAUGCUUAGGACUUAGUCUUAAUAUAUCCUUACUCUCUAGGUGCUCUUAGUGCUAGAUUAGUCUUGAUUAAGCUAGUCUAGAUCAUAGGAAGUUUCAUGCCCGGAAGGUGUUCGAUGAAAUUCCCGAAAGAACUUAGUGAGUGCUUAGCAUUCCUAGCCAAUGGAAAUUGAUGAUUAUGGUGCUAGGUGGUUAGUAAGACUUGAAAUUAAUGCAUAUUAGUCUUGUGAUUGCCAAUA